UGCUAAAAGCGAUGACGUCACGAGUGCCGGGCGAGGGGUGCGGAUCGAUGCGGGGGCGGGACGGUGGCGCCGCGCGGGGCCCGCGGGAGCCGCCGCAGUGAGGGGCAGGCACCGGCCGGGCGUGCUUCCCGCGACCGCAGCCACGGCGAACGAGUGUGUGGUGACUGCGGCGAGUGCAGUAGCGGAUCUGCGAGCGCAUACAAGUGUCCGGGGCAGUUCGUUCACUCGGGGCAGCCGGAGGCCGCGGGCUCGCCGCGCAUCUGGCGACUGCACGUCACGGCUCCCACCAGUCCCACCCCGGCAGCGUCAGUCCUCGAGCGUGCGCCGUCGACAGCAGUCCGCCAUCAGGCGCAGGCUCCGCACACGCUCCCCAGACAUGCACUAAUGCAACAGUUCCACAUCAAACAAACGAUAACGACUGCACUCGACAUUUUCAACUGUGACAAUCGUCCGACGUGCGACCCAUCAUAUCAUCAUCGCGUGCCUGCGGAUGUGAUUAAUCUUGGAACUGGUGUUACUGGAUAUUAAGAUACGUGCGUCAAACAGAAAGUGCCGGUGCUUGUGCAACAAUGUCGUCGCGUUCUAAGGAAAAAGUAGCGGCUGCUUUCCGGAAGUUGUUCCGGUCUCCGGAGAAACUGGACAAGGAUGGCGCCGGGCCCAGCGGCUCCCCGGCCCGGCGGGGCCUGCUGCGGAGACACAGAGACGGCGUGAGCCCCGCGGAGGCGGCGGCCAGCAUGCCGCCCAGCCCCGGCGCCAUGGCCAAGAAGGCCAUCGCCAUCGCCAGCACCAGCGAGGCUCGCGAGCGCGCCGCCGCCGUGCGCACGCGCAGACUCAUGAAGGAGCUCAAGGAGAUACAGCGCCUGCAGGAGAGCCGGCCUGAACCUAUAUUCACGGUGGAACUAGUAAACGACAACCUGUUCGAGUGGCACGUGCGGCUGCACCAGAUCGACCCGGAGAGCGAGCUGGCGGGCGACCUGCGCGAGCUGCACGUGCCGCACAUCCUGCUGCACCUGGUGUUCCCGGAGAACUUCCCCUUCGCGCCGCCCUUCAUGCGCGUCAUCGAGCCGCGGAUAGAGAAGGGCUUUGUUAUGGAAGGGGGUGCGAUCUGCAUGGAGCUCCUAACGCCUCGCGGCUGGGCGUCCGCGUACACCGUGGAGGCAGUGGUCAUGCAGUUCGCGGCGUCAGUAGUGAAGGGGCAGGGGCGGGUGGCGCGGGCGCCGCCGCGGCCGGCCCGGGAGUUCUCCCGCCGGCGCGCCGAGGAGGCCUUCCGGUCGCUGGUGAAGACUCACGACAAGUACGGCUGGGUCACGCCCUCGCUGAGCGACGGCUGAAUGGCUUCAGAAACGUGAAUCCAAGUAAAAUGCAGAAAGGAUCUCUAUAGUUAGUACUUGAGAAUAAUUUUUAAAUGUAAUUUGUGCAAUUAAUUACUCCUUGCGUAAUUAUUGUCUGUACCCACUUGUCUAAAUACCGUGGACCGAUGUCUUUACUCUUCACGCUUCAAGUCCACUAGUUUAAAUAGUACUAGAUAUUGUGUAUAGUAUUAGGUAUACGGAACCUUCAUAGAUAUCAUAAUAUAUGAAAUUGUCACACAAUUUCAAUAACUAUAUAUGAUAAAUCUUUACUCAGGCAGUAAGUGAAGUUCAGUGGAAAUAAAAAUACAAUUGGUUUGUACAAAUUGUCUUAGACUUUACCCCAGAUUAUUUAAUGUAUUAAUUAACUUGGUGGUUUCCAAAGCCAUUUUGAAAUUGUAUGUAUUAAAUAUGUGCCAAAAAUCCUUAAUUUAAGUUAACAAGAUACUCGGGAAAUAUGCUCAAUACUCGUUUUAACUGCGUUAGAGUUCUUAGUGUAUUCUCAUAAACUGUAUUUUAGUUUUUGUAUAAAGAGUAUAUUAUUAGGUAUGCAAGUCCUCCUAUGUAGGCCAAAUCCUUAGCAAGUAUCCAUUCCAAAAUUCUAAACUAUUGAUAACUAUUUCCAUUACUCAAUCAUAAGCCUUACCUACGUCAUAAGCUCAAAAUCCUUUUUACUGAAUGCUUUCAAAGGAAAAUGUUUCCGUCCCAACGUCAUUUAACCUUUUUGAUAUAAAACAUUCAACAAAUUAGAUGCAAUUAUUGUGUUAUUACUUUGUACCCCUCUUGCCAACAAAUUUAUUUUUAAUAAAUAAACUUUUAACAAAUAUCUAUAUUUAUGCUUUUGUGAAAUGCUAAUGAUACAGUAUACUACUACAUAAUGACAAGAUGUUAACAUUAACUUGGCAGUAGUCAGAGUAUGCUCAAACUAGAUAAUGGAAGUAUUUUCUGUAAAGUGAAAUGAAGGCUUGUGGUAAUGUUAGAUUAAUUAAUAACAAUAAAAGUGUGUAGAUACUUAAAUGAAAUAAUUAAAAUUUUGAAGAGUAAUCUUGAUGUUGUUGUCUUAUUUGGCAAACCAAAGAUGUUUAUUUUUAUGAAAAUUCCAUAAAGUGCAAAAUGAGUAUUUAUAUGUGGAAUGUAAAUGUAAAAUAUUAUGGGUGUAAUAAAAAAAUAUUGCUCAGA